GGGGGGGUGGGGCCUGGGCCGGCGGUGGAGACCCGGAGUGGGGCCCUGACUACGACCCUGGGCUGGCCGCGGCACCCUGCCGAGCCGGGGCGGGCGGGAUCCAGGUUAACACAGAACUCAGCCUCCAGGGCCAUGCCGGUGCUAAGGCCUGCUUCUUCUGAGCCCCAGAAGACAGAAGGGUUGGUCCUCAGAGUGGAUGACUUCCCCUCCCUGAGCAAGAGGUGGGACAGUGCUUGGGAUCUGCCCAUCACCAGACUCUGGGCUUAAUAAGCCAGCUGGAUGAAGGGACAUAACAGACCCCUGGGAGGGACACGGAAGCCGGCAGUGGGGGGGGAGGGGCCUGGACAUACCCCUUCCCCCCCAGACUCCUCCCUCUCAAAGUACACUGAGCCAUGGACUUUGGACUCGCACGAGGAGAGAAGCUGCACUUUGUCCCUGGUUUGGGAUUCUCAGUUUCGGAAAUGGAGUGCUGGAUGGGGAUCUGAUGCUCUCCAGGGAAGCAGCUGAGAGAAGAAAAGAAAGAUGCAUGGCUGCUUCCUGAUCCCAAAGCCCAGAGGACACCCCUAGAACUGCGCAGAGUGAGCCCGGCCAGCAGGGCAGCUUGGAGCCCCCCUGGCACCUCCCCCUCGGGGGCCAGGAUGCUGAAGAAGCAGUCCGCAGGGCUCGCUCUGUGGGGCGCCGUCCUCUUUGUGGCCUGGAACGCCCUGCUGCUGCUCUUCUUCUGGACCCGCCCUGUGCCCAGCAAGCUGCCCUCUGAAGGCGCGCUGGAUGACGACCCCGCGGGGCUCACUCGUGAGGUGAUCCGCCUGGCCCAGGACGCCGAGACAGAGCUGGAGCGGCAGCGGGGGCUGCUGCAGCAGAUCUGGGACUACCAUGUGCGGCGCGGCCAGCGGUGGAGGGCGCCCACUGCGGUACCCCCGGUGCCGCCCCGCGCGCAUGCGACCUCACCGCCAGCCGUGAUCCCCAUCCUGGUCAUCGCCUGUGACCGCAGCACUGUCCGGCGCUGCUUGGACAAGCUGUUGCACUAUCGGCCCUCGGCCGAGCACUUCCCCAUCAUUGUCAGCCAGGACUGCGGGCACGAGGAGACGGCUCAGGUGAUCGCCUCCUACGGCAGUGCCCUCACGCACAUCCGACAGCCGGACCUGAGCACCAUCCCAGUGCCACCCGACCACCGCAAGUUCCAGGGCUACUACAAGAUCGCUCGCCACUACCGCUGGGCUCUGGGCCAGGUCUUCCACAAGUUCAAGUUCCCUGCGGUGGUGGUGGUGGAGGAUGACUUGGAGGUGGCCCCGGACUUCUUCGAGUACUUCCAGGCCACUUACCCGCUGCUGAAGGCCGACCCCUCCCUCUGGUGCGUGUCGGCUUGGAAUGACAACGGCAAAGAGCAGAUGGUGGACGCAAGCAAGCCGGAGCUGCUCUACCGCACUGACUUCUUCCCUGGCCUGGGCUGGCUGCUGCUGGCCGAGCUGUGGGCCGAGCUGGAGCCCAAGUGGCCCAAGGCUUUCUGGGACGACUGGAUGCGGCGGCCGGAGCAGCGGCAGGGCCGGGCCUGUGUGCGACCCGAGAUCUCCAGAACCAUGACCUUUGGCCGGAAGGGUGUGAGCCACGGGCAGUUCUUUGACCAGCAUCUCAAGUUCAUCAAGCUGAACCAGCACUUUGUGCCCUUCACCCAGCUGGACCUGUCCUACCUGCGGCAGGAGGCCUACGACAGGGACUUCCUGGCCCGGGUCUAUGGUGCCCCCCUCCUGCAGGUGGAGAAAGUGAGGACCAAUGAGCAGAACGAGCUGGGGGAGGUGCGGGUGCAGUACACUGGCAGGGACAGCUUCAAAGCGUUCGCCAAGGCCCUGGGAGUCAUGGACGACCUCAAGUCGGGGGUCCCGAGGGCAGGCUACAGGGGCAUCGUCAGCUUUCUGUUCCGGGGCCGCCGUGUCCACCUGGCGCCCCCGGAGGCCUGGGGCGGCUACGAUCCCAGCUGGAAUUAGCUGCCUGCCUGUCCCUCCCCGCCCUGUCGUUGCCGCCUCCCGUGCUGAGAGGACCACAGAUCCCACCAGGGGUCUGCAUCGUCCUCUCUGUUUCUC